UGGAGGUGACUAAAGGAAAUACAGAAACGGAGGAGAGAGGACUGGAGCUGUAGAGCUGAUACAACCAACUGCUGUAGAGGGGGAAAAAACACUUCACAAACCAACUAACAAACUUAAACUCCUCGUGUAGUUUAUUUUAAACGGUUUUAAUUAGCUUAUUCCAGUUUUUGUGUUACUGUUUUGGGGGCGUUCGUGUUUCGCUCAGUCCCAGAGGCAUUGCGAUGCCCUCUGAUUUCAUCUCUCUGCUCAGCGGUGAUCUCGACAUUGAUUCUCCUAAAUCUCUCUAUUCCAAAGAGUCAGUCUAUGACCUUCUCCCAAAGGAGCUGCAGCUGCCGUCCUCAACAGAGUGCAAUCCAGUAACAAUGAGCCAGAAGAGUGGUGGAGAGGCUGGCCCGCCUCCCCUGGCUCCCCUUGCAGCAGAUGCCACUUCCACCUCUUCUAUCUCCAUGGGUGGUCCUCGCAGUUCUUUUACCGCAUCUUCUAGCCCCACCAUGCACUCCUCUACCUCAGUCACUGAUUGCGCAGCUCUUCGGGUUGACAGCUGCGUUCCGAGCGAGGGGGUAAGUAGCCAAGGGAUGACUGAGGUCCUCUGUGUAGAGACACUGACUGAUGGUGGUUGUAGUGGUGGUGGUGGCAGUGGCGGAGGAGGAGCCCAGCAGCACCAGAUGACUUCUUCCAAGAGGCGGACAGUCCUGAACAUCUCUCCGCCCCCUGAGGAUCUGCUGGACAACAGCCGGAUGUCAUGCAGGGAUGAUGGUUGUCCCGACUCGGAACUGAGCAACAGCAUUUGGAUGGAAGACUCUGCCUCCAACUUCAGCAUUGUGAGCUCCAGCUCCUACAAUGACAACACAGAGGUUCCGCGCAAGUCUCGGAAGCGUACACCACGGCAGCGGCCCGGUCCGAAGCCCAUUACAGUGAAUGGGGCCAGCCUGGAUGUGUUUGAUGCAGACAGUGCAAAGGGACCUCACUUUGUUCUCUCACAGCUGGGAUCUGACAGCAAGAAUUGCUCCAAGGGAGGCCCUGCAGAGGGGUCACAGUUGUUGGCACAGAAGGGUCCCACCCUGUCUGGCCAGUAUCCCAGUAAAAGUGAGGGCAAAGAGCUGAAGAUUGUAGUGCAGCCAGAGACACAGCACAGGGCGAGAUACCUCACUGAGGGCAGUCGGGGCUCUGUCAAGGACCGAACACAGCAAGGCUUUCCCACCAUUAAACUGGAAGGUGUAAGUGAGACUGUGGUGCUGCAGAUUUUUGUGGGUAGCGACUCUGGCCGUAUAAAGCCCCAUGGCUUUUACCAGGCCUGCAGAGUGACUGGCCGCAAUACAACACCUUGUAAGGAGGUAGACAUUGAGGGCACAACAGUCAUUGAGGUGUGCCUGGAGCCUGCCAACAACAUGACUUUGGCCGUGGAUUGCGUGGGGAUUUUGAAGCUCCGGAAUGCUGACGUUGAGGCUCGGAUUGGAGUUGCUGGUUCCAAGAAGAAAAGCACGCGAGCCAGACUGGUUUUCAGAGUCUGUAUCAGUCGCCCUGACGGGUCGAUACUAACAUUGCAGACUCCGUCGUCUCCUAUUCUGUGCACUCAGCCCGCUGGCGUGCCUGAAAUUCUGAAGAAAAGUCUUCACAGCUGCUCAGUGAUGGGGGGAGAAGAGGUGUUUAUAAUCGGAAAGAACUUUCUUAAGGGAACAAAAGUCAUUUUCCAAGAAAAUGUGUCAGAUGAAAAUUCUUGGAAAGGGGAAGCAGAAAUUGAUAUGGAGCUGUUUCAUCAGAAUCAUUUAGUUGUUAAAGUUCCUCCAUACCAUAAUCCAAAAAUAAGCUCACCAGUUUGUGUUGGGAUAUAUGUAGUAACAAAUGCCGGGAGAUCGCACGAAGUACAGGCUUUCACAUACACUCCAGAACCAGCUAACAUUGUGGAGGUCAAUGUGAAGAAAGAGGUGCCAUCCCCAGCCCAGUCCUGCUCCUUCGAAGAAUCGGCUAAAGGUAUGAAAACCCCAAGCUGUACUCUGGACAAGGCCAGUCUGCUCCCCAGUGCCUUGAUGACCCCACUUCUGCCCCUGGUCAAAAAUGAAGAGGUCGUCCCCAUGGAGGUGUCAUCCAACCAGAAUACACCUAACGUUUUCAAGACUUCUGAUGUUAUUGGAUCAGCACAGCAAACCUUGGACAUGAGUUUGAACAUGUCCUUGAGCAGCAUCCCUUUUCCCAACUCUGUGUCUCACCAGUUAGGGGAGCCAGAGCAGCACCAGGAAGUCCAGUCCACAAGCUUUUCCAGCAUUGAGCCUCUGACCACUAUCCAUAAACAAGAUAUUGCGCCAACCAGCCCCCUGCUCCAGCAGGUCACACAGCAAUAUCAGAGACCCGAUCUACUGCUGGAUCACAGAGAUGCCCUGUCCCAGAAGAGGGUGCCGAACGGAGAGAGUGUGAUGGAAAUGCAGCAGACUGGCAAGACACCUCAACAGCAAUCCAUAGAGCAGCAGCAGCAGCAAACCAUGCAGCAGCAGCAGCAAACCAUGCAGCAGCAGCAGCAGCAGCAAACCAUGCAAGAAUCCAUGCAGCAGCAGCAGAAACAAUCCAUGCAGCAGCAAUCUAUACAGCAACAACAGCAGCAAUCCCUGCAACAACUCUCGUCUGACCUCUUUCCAGCAGAUGGGGUGGAGCAGCUGGAAAGAGCUGUGCGUCAGCUUCAGGCUAGUUUUUCUCAAGGUAGUGAAGCUAGUCUUGUACAGCAGGUCCUGGAGGUAGCCGUUCAGCAGCAGCAGCAGCAACAGCAGCUGAACUCUGUUCUUUUCAUUCCCAGCUCCGGACCAGGGAGCAUGCAACAACAAGAGAACAACAUCUUCCAGCAUAUUAAUUCUUCUUCCAUGUUCUCGUCUUCUGACUCCACCAAGAAUCUGGAGAACACUGAGAUGCAGACUUCUGAUGGGUCACUAGCUAGCCAACAACAGCAACAGGCUCUGGAAAACUUAAGCCUCCAACAGCAGCUGCAGUCAGAUCUUUUUCCCUCCCAGGACCAGGGAGCUAUGACUGGCCAGAUACCCAUGCAGUGUGGGGUGUUCCAGGGAGGCUCGGGGAAUGAAAAUUCCCAGCAGCAGCUCUCUCCACAGGGUUUGUUCCAGCCCCAAAGCAUAGGGGCUCCUAGUGAAGAUGGUGGGUCUCAGCCCAAGCAAAUGCAGACCAGUGUAUUUCAGAACAUGGUGCAAACCCAGGGGCAGGUUGGGACCCUCUUUCGGACAUCUGAGAGCAUGAUCCACAGUGGCUCCCAGCAGCAAGGGUCAUUGUUCCAGCAAGAAGAGGAGAUGCUUUCCAUCCAGGUCCCUGACUUUCUCCAGCAGCCUCCCUCACACCCUUCUCCUCCUUCUCAGCUGUUUCACUCCCAGAGCCCCAUGAGCGAUGCCCAAGACCCUCUGACAACCUUGUUUCAAAAUCAGGAACAUUCCCCCACUCAGGAGCAGGUUCAAGCUGCCAUGUUUCAGAGCUCUCUGACAGUCUUGACCAACUCCCCACUACAACCAGACCAGCAACAGCAUGGCUCGGGCCUCUUCCUGUCACAGAAUAAUGUGACCACACUGCAGUCUGGCCAGAUCACCCAAGACAGCAAGCAGCAGCAGCAGCAGCAGCAGCAACAACAGCAGCUUGCUUUCUUGACCUCUCUCCAGAGUUCAGGCUCAACUGAACAGCAGUCUGUGUCUGUUUUCCAGCCCCAGGAUAAGAGCUCCCUCCUGCAAGAGAGCACCCCCAUGGAUCAGCAGCCACAGCAAGAUGCAGUGUUUCAGACCAUGUCUUCUUCAGCAAAUGGGCUGUCGCCGAGUCAGCAAGGGGCAUUCUUUCAGUCCCAGCAUUCCAUGGGCUCCUCUCAGGAGCAGCAGCAACAGGCAGGGCUUCUUCUCUUCAGUGGACAGAAUCAGAUGCAGUUAAACAGCAGUCUCCCUUCCCAGGAGCCGCAGAACCAGACCAUGUUCUUGACCCAGUCCAACUUGGUGUCUGUCAGUCCACAGGAGGAGCCACAGCCGAUGUCUUUCCAAAACCAAAGCUCGGUGGCAGGAGGGACGCCACAGAGUGAGCAGUCUCAAGAGGCCCUUUUCCACAACCCUCAGCAAAUGCAGUUAGUGCAGGGAUCCAGCAGUGCUGCUGAGUCUCAUGUCACCAUCUUCAUGUCUCACGCCUCCCUGUCUGCCCUUCAGGGUAACGUGAGCCAACAGGAGCUGCCCCAGGCAACCAUCUUUAGCUCGCAGACGAGCUCCCCCUCCCCAGUUCAGCCACAGGGUGUGCUGUUUCACACACCUGCGACCAGAACAAUGAACCAGCCUGGCCAACCUCAGCAGACAUCAGGUCUGUUCCUCUUUGGUAUUCAGAAUGCAGAUUGCGGCCAGUUAAUCACCUCAGGAGGUUCCACUUUGUCAGAUCAAUUAAUUGCCAUCAGUCAGUUGGGUCAGAAUCAGCGUGAGAAAGAGGCCAGCAUCCAGUCUCUGUUAACACAGACGAUAUCAGAGCCAGGAACAAUCCCCAAUGCCAUGACUUCCUCUCAGAACAUGGAAAAGAUUGAUGACCUGCUUGUGAGCUUGCAGGACCAGAGCAACAUGACCCAUUCCUUCUAGAGCCUGAUGCAGGACCCAUGAGAAGCCCAGCUUGGAGACAGAAAGGAAAGAAGCUGAAAGUAGGAUUUGCUUACCAAGAGUGUCCCCAUGAAGGAAUACUUGGCAUCAAGAUCUCAGAAGUGCAUUGUUUUUGCAUCUAUUUUUUAAAUGUGAUUUUAUAUCUCACCAUCUAUGGCUAGAACUGUUUUGGGGGGGUUUUAGUCAAACUUGUGACAGUGUACAAAAAUAUAAUAUCUGAACGGUUACCCACAGUUGUCUGGAUUAUUCCAGCGCAGCUUUGCUAUUCAGCUGUUGCUAUAGAGAAAGCAUAUCAUGUAGCUGAUCUCAAAUUUGAUAAACUUCUGAAAUAUCUCAACACAUAAAUAUGUGUACAUAGUGCAAAUUUGUUUUUGUAAAGUUCUGAUUUUGUAAAGUACUUCCACUUUUGGGAAUGAAUCUAAAUUAUUCAUAAGCUCUGUGCUGAUUUUCAUCAAUUCUGAUAGCUACAUUAUUUUUCUUUCAGCUGACUUUUUUCCGAACUACAAAUGAAUAAACGUGCAGUACAACUGUUUGUAUAGCAUUGCUUUUAUUGCUUUUUUUUUUUUUAAAGAAGAUACUUUAAAAACAGAAAACACUUUUGUAAAAUGCCUUUGACGUAAUAUCUUCAGCACUUUAUAACGCUUUAAUUUAUGACCCGGAUCUACCUGUUAACCUUUCCAUAAAUCUGUUAGUCAGCUAUUUAUGGCAAUAUUUUUAGAAAUUAUUCAGAAGUCUUUUAAUUGUAAUAUGGAUAUCCCACCCCUCGUUUACUGUGUGUAUGUGUGUAUAUAUGUA